AGGGAAACUGCAUCCACAGCGCGGGGAACGAAGCGUUGCUCGCUAUGGUGGCGGGCAACGCGACAUCGGAGAGCGGACGGAGGAGCCGCAUCAGCCGCGGCGUACUCGCUGCCCAACUGCUGGCCGUGAAAAGGGGAGCUUCGGGUCGAGCGAGGCCGCGCACCCGAUGAGGCCGGCGAGCUCGCGCUAAAUGAGGAAUGCGGCGCCGAUGCUAUGGAGGGCAGGCGCUCCGCUGCUGCUGCUCGCGCUGGCAGCAACGACGCUACCGCUGCAUGGCGCCGAGGAAGCACAGCCUCUAGGUGCAGAAUGCUCCGGGGCGUUCGAGUGCCAGAACCCUGAAAUGGUGCACUGCAUAGAUGGUAUCUGCGCUUGCCGCUACGGCCAUCACAGUCCGUACCUCUGCAAGGAAGCACCGGUGACGCACAGGCCUACCAAGGAGGGGGACAACGGAUCGUCAGCAGAGCGGGAGUGCCAAACUGAUCACCAAUGCCACCGCGGUUACUGCUGGCGCGGCAUCUGCUCCUGCAAAGAUGGCUUCGUCAAGGAGCGGAGCUUCUCUGGAAGUUGGAGCUGCGUCCACAGGACAUCUUCCUUUGGAUUCGGAAUCCUUGCGGUGAUCCCUGUUACAGUGGUGGUCCUCUGCCUGUUCGCCUGUUGUGUACAAGUUGCCCUGCGGAAACAACAACAGGUGCCCUUCAACGCCGCUGCAGCAGCGCAGCCCGAGUUUGCACGGGACGACGCUGGCAUGCCGACUGGAGCGAGCAAUAUCUACCGACAGAGAAGAUAUUUUCCGCACUACGUAGAAAGUCCUCAGAUCCAAGCUGGGCAAGAGGCCUUGGCAGCGCCGGCUGUGUCCAUAGAAUUGAAGCCAAUCGAAGCCGAGGAAAGUGCUUCAGACAUCGGGGAAGGCGAGAGCUCUGCAAAAAAGUAAAUCACCGUAGGCCUGACAAUGACGCAAGCGGCUCCUCUUGAAGUGUCAGGAAUACGUCACGCUUUCCUGCUAUCAUGAGCGGAAAGGGAAAUGCCACUCUGUUUCUCCUCCCUCGCAGGUGUCUGAAAAUUGCGCGGGUUUAUCACGUCCACUGGCAAGCCUCCAGAACUUGCUCCGACAGUAAGCGACGGGGAUUAAAUGUGCUGAAGUGCGAAAGUC